AUUUAUCUUGUUAAAGUUUAUGAUAUAAUACUUUUUCAUAUAAACUUGAGAUUCCAUGGCAGUUUGAGUUUGAGUUGCAGGAGAAUCAUGGCUUACCCGCCAAAACCAGCAUGGAGAAUUCAAAAAACUUGUUUAAUGUCAACUUAUUUCAACAAUAACAAGGACCCCAUGUGCCUCUUCUUCUCUACAGUAAGUGUAAAAAAUAAGCUCAAGAAACAAUUCGCUUUCACCACAACUUUCUGCCUUCAACCAUCUUCUUCGUCUUCUUCGACUGUAAGUGUGAAGAGUUCAAGAAGCAGUAAGAGGUGUUUUUCAGGUGAAAAGAAGAGAGAAAAUAAUGAAACGACCCUCAAGAUUAUCAAAAGGAAGCCUUUAUGGAGAAGGGUUUUGUUUACAUCCAAUAAGAUCAAGAGUAUUCUCUUGCUCAAUGUCAUCACAGUUGUCUAUGCAAGUGACAUUCCGGUUCUAAAAGCUGUUGAAGACACAAUGGAUCCAGCAGCAUUCUGUGCUGUGCGAUUUGCAAUGUCAGCAAUUCCAUUUUUGCCAUUUGUGUUCCGGGCAAGAGGUGAUGUUCAGACCCGCAAUGCAGGGAUAGAGCUGGGAUUAUGGAUCAGUUUAGGAUACCUAGCUGAGGCACUUGGAUUGCUCACCUCAGAUGCAGGGCGUGCAUCAUUUAUUUCCUUGUUUACAGUAAUAGUAGUACCAUUGCUUGAUGGGAUGUUGGGUGCUAUGAUACCCGCUCGCACCUGGUUUGGAGUUCUAAUGUCUGCCCUGGGAGUUGGAAUGCUGGAAUGCAGUGGAUCUCCUCCAAACGUUGGGGAUCUUUUGAACUUUCUGAGUGCAAUAUUCUUCGGAAUUCACAUGCUCCGGACUGAACGGAUUUCAAGAAGCACAACCAAAGAGAACUUCUUACCACUCCUUGGAUAUGAGGUGUGUGUUGUGGCUCUGUUAUCUACAAUCUGGGUUCUGGUUGGAAGAUGGUUUGAUGCUGGCCAAGAUUUCGAUCAAUCAUCAUGGACAUGGAGUGUGUUAUGGGACUGGAUUGUUGCCUUUCCAUGGGUACCUGCACUUUACACUGGCGUAUUCUCAACUGGGAUGUGCUUAUGGAUUGAGAUUGCUGCCAUGCGAGAUGUUUCAGCUACAGAAACAGCCAUAAUUUAUGGGCUGGAACCACUCUGGGGUGCUGGUUUUGCAUGGUUUCUCCUUGGUGAAAGAUGGGGCACAGCCGGGUGGAUUGGGGCUGCUCUUGUGCUCGGUGGAAGCUUGUUGGUGCAAAUGUAUGGAUCCUGCCCUCCAAACAAAUCUCCAGAAGCUGAAGAAUGUGACCAGAAAGCCAAACUUCUGCUGGUUCCGGAUUUGGAAAAGCAAAAACUACAAAAUACUCUGACGCCUUCUCCGGUAUUUGUAAGAUCCAAAAAGGAUGUGACAAAUAUGUUGAAGUGAUCCUUUAGCUUAUGGCAAGUUUGUGUAUAUCAUAUAGAUCAUCUGUGCAAGUUUUUGGCAGAAAUAGGGUAUAUAAUACAUGUCUCUCCUGGUCUUUAAAAAAAAAAAAUUUGAAGAGUCAGUAUCAAGGUUGCUUCUGAGAAAUUUGUGAACUAACAAGACCAAUACCGGGCCUUUCUCUAUCAGGCUAACAAAGGAAUUCCAUGAGGUAUUGAGAUGACUGUAACAUUAAGAAAAUAUAAGAAGCAGUUUCUCAUUGCUGUAACAAUUUCAAGGGUUUGAACUGAAGUGUGCUGCUUAUACCGUCUUAUCAAGUUCAUGCGCCGGCAAACUUUGUACUAUUUAUCACGCCUGGAGAUGAUGAUAGGAUUGAUGGCAGAUGACUAUGGUGUGGUGGUGGAGGUGCUAGUAUGGCAUCAUGAUGCAGGAUGACAACAGUGGCAAUAACAGUAUUGUCAUUUUCAUUGGCAAGCCAGUAAUAAGCACAAGCUGUGAACUGGGGCUGUGAGGCUAGUGCUAAAGUGGAUUUUUACAUCCUACAUUGUAUGGUAAAAACAUUUUCUAAGUUUUCAAACAAAACGGGGUUUAUAAUAAAGUUUUGA